AUGGAUAUCAAGAGUUUCUUGGAAAUGGAGGCCGCCUCUACCCUGGAGGAACCACUCGACCUCCGCACCCUCGAUUACGUCUCCAGUUAUGAUUCCCACCUGAUGUGUCCCAUCUGCCAUUGCCCGUUUGUGCAACCCGUACGAUUACACUGCGACCACGUCUUUUGUCAAAAAUGUCUUGCCUCUACGAUCAUCACCUUCCGCUCCGCCGACACGGACGAGUUCUCGUGUCCCUCCUGUCGGACACCAACAAGCCAAAUAUCGACCAGUGUACCCCGUUUGCUGGUAAACAUGUGUGAUGAGAUACAAGUCCGGUGUCCUUGGGCGGAAGCGGGAUGCGAAGAGGUUGUGCCACGAGGCCAUGUGAAGUCGCAUGUGGAGAAAUAUUGUGGCUAUCGGAUGGUUCUUUGUCCCGACGAAUCAUGUGGGAAAACGAUUCGGCAAAAAGACCUUCAGUCAGACGGACGCUGUGUGCAUGGUUAUCGCCGCUGCGAGCGCUGUGGGGAAGAUGUGGUGGAACAAGAAUUUGCCGACCAUGACAAAGAGCUUUGUCCCAGUCUGGAGGCAACGUGCAAUGCCUGCGGAACGACAAUGGUACGGCGAUCAUUGGCAAAACACAUGGACACAUGCCCGGAGGUACUCAUAUCCUGCGCAGCCGCGCAGUAUGGAUGCGCGGUCAAAGUACGGCGGGUGGAUGUUGCAACGCAUGAAACACAAUGUCCACUGGUCUCCAUUAGUCCAUACCUGGAGGCGCAGAACACGCGGCUCAAUUCGCUAGAGAUGACCAUGCGACAUCUCCAACAACGCAAUGAGAUAUUCGAGGAUGGCAUGGCAAAUAUCCGCGCUUCGCUCCUCGAGUCUGCGCGAUUGGGCAAUAGCGGGAGACUUGCUCAAAAUGGGGACCGAGACCAAGCCCGCACCGACGCAGACGAGUCCGCCGAAUUUGCCAGUGCAUUUUCCUCCCAUACAACACAAUAUCUCCUCUCCCUUCACGAGUCCCUUCGUGAAGAAGUCACUCAGAUGUCGCACGCUCUCACAGAUCUCGACGCUCGUGCUAGUAUGACGAUUAUGAAUGAGUGCCUUCGCAUCAAGGAAGACAUGGCCCAUACAAAUACCGCGCUGAACAGUGUGCGGAUGCAGGUGCAGUGGCUCAUGAACCCCCGGCUUCACAAUGGAACCCGAAACAACGUGAUGCGUGCCAACACUACCAGUAACGACACCACGAGGACAUCAUUGACUUCGACCUCGGUCCCGGGCCCGAGUAGCAACGGUGCAUCCAAUUCCCUGGGUGCUCUUCGACCUCGGCGACCCAGCGACAGUGGACGCGAGGGCACCAAGUUGUGA